AAAAAAAAACCUAAUGAAAAUUCAUUAAAAACAAUAUAGAAAAAAACCUAAUGAAAAUUCAUUAAAAACAAUAUAUACAGUAUUUUAUUUUUUUUUUUGGAAAAAAAAAAUCUCUUGGAAAAUGGAAAUUGAUUAGCAGAGAAAAAGUGGCGCCUCUUACUAUAUAGUUUCCCGCCAAGUAGUAAGGGAGAGCAAAGUUCCCUAUAUAUAAAUACUACAUAUAAGUUACUUACUUAUAACCAAACCAAACCAAACCACACAAAUGCAAACCAAUUUCAUCUUCUCUUCAAAUUUCUGCAACUGCACCUACUCUCCUCUCUCAAUCUCUCUCUGAUGAUUUGUAGAAGAAUGGCUGUGAAAAGAAAACGGAUAUCACUAGCUAGUGAAACUGAGAUGAGUAGGGUAGAUGAGUUGAUUCAAAUUUCAGGUUCUUCCUUAAUCGAUCUUCCUAACCGCAUACUCGUUCAAAUCCUCCUCACUCUUCCCACUAAGACCAUUGUUUUCUGCAAAUCUGUAUGCAAGAAAUUGCGUAAUCUGAUCUCGAAUGUUCAGUUCGUUAAAUUGCAUUUUGCUCGUGCAAAGCCCCAAUUGUUGAUCAGGACUCUUGAUCCGACUCGAAUUUCGCGAACUCUGUACUUGGUUGAGCCUGAUAUUGAAGAUGGACCUGGUUUCGAUUUAGAAUGCUGCUCGUGUGAAUGGAAAGAGAAAGAUGAUAACAGUUAUUGUCACAUAGAACUGAAUACCAAAUUGAAGAUCCCACUGCGAAAUGCAGAAAGUGUUCUGAAUUACCAAAUUGAUCAUCCUGAAACGAAGCAUAAGAAGAAGCGUAGCCUUAAUUUGAAGCCAAAGGAUCAUAAGUACAAGAUUGUGAAUUCUUGCAAUGGAUUGCUUUGUUUGUCUGAGCCGUCGCGGAAUGAUCCCAUUUCAGUUUGCAAUCCAGUAACUGGAGAGUUCAUAAACCUUCCACCCAGUAAUUGUGAUGAUGAAGCUCUCAGUGGUGUCAUUGAUUGUGGAUUGGGAUUCAGUCCAGAGAGUAAUCAAUACAAAGUCAUUAGAGUUUAUCAGAAGAACACUUAUGUUACACGUCCUGAGAAUCAUUACGAUACCUCUUUCAGAUGUACCAACUCAUUUGCAGUUGUACACACUCUUGGGACAGAUUCAUGGCGUAGUGUUGAUCAUGCUCCUCAGUCAUGUUACAAGCUUGGAUUUCCUACCUAUCUUGAUGGAGCUCUGUAUGGGCUUUAUGUCAAACACGAGAGACCAAAUUAUAUAAUUUCUUUUAAUUUCGAACACGAGCAAUUCGAGCUACUUGAACUUCCACGCCAAUGCUGGCACUCGUGGUCUUCGUGGAGGAAUAUGAGUCUGGGAGUUUUACGUGGUGAACUUUGCCUAUGCGAUGGUUCUGACAUUUCCAUGAAGAUUUGGGUACUUAAGAAACGUAGCGAUUUUGGUAAAUCUUGGGAGAAAUUGUUUAGUAUGGACUCUGAUUUUCCAUAUGGGUUAUAUCAACCUAUUCAUUACUUCAAUUCUGGAGCUCUUUUGUUGUUUCGUAACAACACGAGUGGACUGGUGUACUCUGAGUCAGGUGGCUACAUGUUCAAAUAUCUUGGGCUUUGUGGCCCUAAAUCAAGGUACGAAGUCAUGGUUCACACUCCCAGCUUUAUUUCGCUCAAGGACAUUGUUGCUGAAAAUAAUAAUGUUGAGAUACUCAAUGUCAAUACAAGAUGUGGGAGCUUGAAACUGCUAGGAGAGACUAAAGCUCUGUUUUUGGAGGGACAAGAUGAACUUGAUGGGUAUCUUGAUAUCUCUGAUUACGAAGUUGAAGAAGAUUACUGGACCAAGUACUUGUGGAGGAAGCAUUGACGUAAUCUUUCUAGUGUGCUUAUAAGAUUAGACUAAUAGAUCAAUCAAGCUGAUGUUUAGAGUGGUAAUACCUUUAUUUCUCCUUAAUUAACUUUUUGUCAUAUUGGAGAUAGAAUGUUUAGUAUAUCAACACUUAUAUGUUGUUGGAUAUGAUUGAGACUGCUUUGUUGCUAACUUGCUAGUGUUAUUGGUUAUUAGUAUUACAUGCAAAGUUCACUUUUUCACAACUUGAUCAA